GUAACUGCUGCUCUGGAGCGCAGCGCAACACACUGAGCGCGCACAGGAACUUACAGGCAAUAGACUGCUCCUGUUAGAAUAAUACUUAAUAAUCCAUUUAUUUCUCUCUUUUUUUUCCCUUGUAUUUAAAGAGAAAAAAAGAUACUGAUGUGCAGUGUUGACGUGUUCCUGCCUUUGGCGCACGUUUCCAAGGCUGUGUGACGAAUGCUGUGCGUGAGACUUGAGGCUCUGUAGGAGACGAACAUGGACAUGGAGACGUUCACCAUACAAGACAUGCUCAUUAACUCCACUGAUCUCAACAAGAUUCUCUGCAAUUUUAGGAUCAAGAAUAUCUCCGAGUGCGAGUUGGAGGAUCCAUCACCCGAGCCUCGAGAUAUCAACCAGACAGUGAGGAUCGUCCUCUACAGCCUCAUCUUCCUCCUCAGCGUUCUGGGCAACAGCCUCAUCAUCGCCGUCCUGGUGAGGAACCGGCGCAUGAGGACCGUCACCAACCUCUUCCUGUUGUCUCUGGCCAUCAGUGACCUGAUGGUGUCCCUGGUCUGCAUCCCCUUCACCCUCAUCCCCAACCUCAUGAGAGACUUCAUCUUUGGUGCCGGUAUAUGCAAGCUGGUCAUGUACUUCAUGGGUGUCUCGGUCAGUGUUUCCACCUUCAACCUGGUGGCCAUCUCCCUGGAGCGCUACAGUGCCAUUUGCAACCCGCUGAGCUCCAGGGCAUGGCAGACCAAAUCCCACGCUGCCAAGGUCAUCACAGCAACCUGGGUGGCUUCCUUCAUCCUGAUGCUGCCCUACCCCAUCUCGAGCACGCUCAAGCCUUUUACCCGCCUCAACAACAGCACCGGGCACAUGUGUCGCCUAGUGUGGCCCAACGACAUCAUCCAGCAGUCCUGGUAUGUGUGUCUGUUGCUGCUGCUCUUCCUAAUCCCCGGGAUCGUCAUGAUGACCGCCUAUGGACUCAUCUCACUGGAGCUGUACAGGGGCAUCCGCUUUGAGCUGUCCAGCAGGAAAUCCAGUCGAGACAGACAGUGCAGCUCUGGCAGCAUCAAGCCGGGUGACAGUGAUGGCUGCUACAUGCAGCCGUCCAAGAAGAAGAGCAUGACAAUGAGUAUAACCAACUCCAGCAGCAAGCCCAUGGUGGCGGGCCGAGUGUGCGGCACCAGCUCUACAGCCAACCUCAUGGCCAAGAAACGUGUGAUCCGCAUGCUCCUGGUCAUCGUCUUCCUCUUCUUCCUGUGCUGGACGCCCGUGUUUGUGGUCAACGCGUGGCAGGCCUUCGACCAGCGCUCAGCCUACCGCCUGACCGGUGCGCCCAUCUCCUUCAUCCACCUGCUGUCCUACAUCUCUGCCUGCGUCAACCCCAUCAUUUACUGUUUCAUGAACAAGCGCUUCCGUCAGGGCAUGCUGGCCACCUUCAGCUGCUGCAGCUGCUUCAGGAGCGGCGGCUCGGGGACGUCGGCGGAAAGUGCGACGCCUAAAGGCGACGCGGGCCGAUCAAGAGCGGCGCCUAACACGCAGAACGGUCACACAUCGCCGAGCACGGCCAACACACACUUCACCUACACCGGAAUCCGUACAUCAGCCUGGAGCGAGCUGACUUAAAUCGGACCGUACGAGAGAGGACAUGUCGGGAAUCUGUGCAGUGUUGUUCUAACGUAGCUAAGCCCACGCAGAGCUUGUAGAUCGAGUUUUUGAGCAGCUGUGUUGCUUUAUCGUGGAGCACGACAUGACAUAUGGGCUGACGUAUACAUGCAGUGCUCUCACAGCAGAGCAACACAGCCAGAUGUUUCCCGAAAGCUUGCAGCAUCCAGGGUGGCUGACUGACGCCCGAUCAUACAAAGCUGUGGAGGGCCUCAAAUCUGACAAAGGGUGCGUUUCCACCACAUAGUUCAAGGAACCUUAAGUGCCAUGAACCUGACCAUUGUUGCUUUAAUUCAUCAAUUCAAACACAAACUGUUCUGGCACAGGGUUGUGGUACGAGAAAAUAAAGAUGCUGGAGCACAACAAGGUAUUUUACUUGCUGUCGCUCCAUCAUGAAGGUCCCUGAAGAAUCUCAAAAGUACAUUUAGUUCCUGGCUCCCGUGGUGGUAAUGCACCUAAAGAGACGGAGUGAUGAAGCAUACUAUUUCAUGUCGUUUACCAUUCUACACAAACACGGUGUAGCUGCAUCUCGAACGCUGCCAUUUCUACCUGUGCAGGGACCAAACAGUCUCUCCGCACCACGCUUUUGUUUAAUCCAAAGCAAAACAGCAAUGUAUACUAUAGAUUAGUCAUUUCUCUUUGUUUCAGUCGACAAGAAAAUACGCUUUCUUCUCAAAAUAUCGACCUGAUUCUGUCACACUCAAAUAUUUGACUUUGUGCACAGGAAAUGAACCCGAGGACAAGGAAGUCAUCACUCACAUAAAUGACUCUUGAUUUGUAGAAGAUUGGCGACAACAUGAAAAAUCACUAAUAAGGCUGUUUGCACAGAGUCACGUCCAGCAGCAGCUGUGAUGUAACCUCACUCAGUCCUGCGGCGCACAAACGUCCAUCCUUGACCUCGCUGUUCUGUUUGUGUGCGGUGGGAACUGGAGCAGCCUUAUCGUUUGUGUGGGACCUUAAACACCUGCAGCCUCCUCUUCAAAGAGUGGAUUCCUGGCAUUGCCCCGCCUCCUCAUACUGUUAAAAAUAGCAGCGUCACUUUAGCAAUUUUGUUUUUUUCCGUCGUGUCAAUAUGUUGUUAUGACCUAAAUAUCGUGAUGUAACUUUUAGGUUUGAUGUGUUCAUGGACCAUGCUGGAACAGGAAGGUCCAUGAAGGCGUGGGUCGUACUUUCCUCGUCUGCAUGUGGUAACUCAGUAUUUUUGCUGUUCCAGCCGUACUAAAUUGAAGGUCACUAUAGCUUUCCUCGCUCGUGCGCUUAAAUGUCACAAUCAAUAGUAUCAUAUCUGUGUGUUUGUCCUGUUGAGCGAUGGAUUUUGUUGAUGUGUUCACCUCCUCGCGUAACCUCCACCUUCUUCUUCUUUGUCUCUCACUCUCGCUUUACCAAAACAAGAAGGCGCCACCUACUGGAGCACUGUUGUGCUUACACAGUCAGUGUAGGCACAAAAUGUAGAGGACUCUAUCUCCAAGACAGGGGCGGAACUACAAGUAGGGGGCGGGACGACAAAGUCGUCCAAAUCACACGUGAAGUCAGAAGUCCGUAUGAGAUCUUGUCGGCAAGCUGGGAGAUAAAAGGACAACAGGAGUUAGGGAAUUCAAUGCUAGCAACAUUUAGAACGUCUGCUCGAUGUUCAACACGAUCUAAUGACUCGCUCUUCAGGUUCCUCGUGUCAGGACUGAAUCUAGAAAAGCCGCUUUCAGUGUAAACCUGAAACUCACUUCUCUUGGAUCGCUUGAUCAUUUUAGGUGUUCACUCAACUGCCGUCCGCUCACAGACGGCGACUGUUUGACCAGUAUGACCUUUAAAGAGGUUUAUUGGCAGCAACUAAAUAUACUACCCAUGUGUACAUUUGUAUCGGUGUAUAAUCAUUUUUUUAAAAAAGUACAAAUUGUUUGGUUUUUGUAGCCUUAGAAUAAGCCUUCUAUAUGCAGGCCACCAUCUUGUGCCGCCAUGUUUCUACUGUAGCCAGAGAGCACGUUCCAUUUUGCAUGACAAAAACAAAAAAAGAUCCUUUCUGUUAAUGCAGAGGACAUUGUAUUUCUGCUGUCUCACCAUUAGAUCACUAGGUCACUAAAGGCCCUGGUGUACUUCCGCUCUCAUUGCGCGCACCCUGGUACUCGUCGGGGUCCUGGAGGAUCCCACUUGACCAUCGGGUGGCGGUACAAGUCUGGACGCAGGGAACAGGACGUUCUCCUACCAAAAGAAGAAGAGAACAAUGCUACAGCUGAAAGAUGAAAGGCCCGUUGGACAGGAGAGUCGGGGUGUCAGCCAGGCUGAGGUAUACCAGGGCCUUAAUCCUUACAUACUGGGCCUUUUCUGUUUUACUGCAUGACCACGUGCCUAGAAAGUCCUGUUAGACCUGUGGGAACAUAGGUGAAUGUAAAAAAAAAAAAAGAAUCCCACCAAUUUAAGUUGUUGCACAUUUUAAAAGCAGUUCUGGAAACGGCGACAUUGUGUUGUUCUCUUACAAAGCUACGAAUAAACCAAAGUGUUGCUGACAGUUUAAAGACGUUAAAAGCCCACUGUGCAAGUGCGUCUUCUAGGACUUGGGGGCAGAACAAGGUAGGACGCUUUUAACUUCUUUAAAUAAAAGUGGCUCUAAAAUGACAGAAGGCAUUAGGGAUUAGAAAAGUGGAGGAAAUGAAAGGGGGUGAAAUCUGUGGGUAAGAGCUCCAUUUGGGCUUUGUGGACGCCCGAGGCAGCGUCCGCCUUCACUCUGCAGCCACUGGGAAAUGUUUACCUGUGAAUGGGAAGAAGAAAGAAUGAAACUGGCUUAAGGGGAAAUGUCGCCGCUUAUUCAUUCGUGCUCUUUGAGCUCGGGAGUUUACAGUGUGUAAGAAUAAUAAAGAUGUCCAUGCUUUGGCCUCGAUUAAACAAAAAAAAAAA